AUGGAAAAGGCUUGGGCUCUUCACCUGCCUGAAGUCAAUCUUCAAGAUGCGAUACGACGCAUUGAAUCAGGUGACCAGGAUCUGCCUCCCAGCUCGAGUCCUGGUAUGCUUUCCGAGGCUCCCGAGACACGAUAUGGGCCGGCAGGAAAUCAACCGCUCAACGACCCUAGUCCGGCUGAAUGGAGCAACGCUGAAGAUUACGAGUUUGAUGAAACCCAAGUUUUUGAUAACACGACUGACGGGAUGGGUUCUCUUGUUACAGAGCCGGGGAAAGUCGGAUAUACCGGACCUCAAUCUGGAGUCGCUGCGCUGAAAUUUCUUCAAACCUUGCACUUGUAUGCCCCUGCUGAUCAGCGAACACCUUUCCCGCUCGACACAGAUAGCCGAAACACCCCUGAAGCAUCAUCAGCCGACAUCUCACGGUAUCUAGACGAUUACUUCAAGAUCUACCAUAGCUCGUACCCAAUUCUUCAUGAGGGAACGUUUCGCGCCCGGCUUUCAGGGGCACUGGCCAAACCACGCGAUGGCUCAUGGCCACUAUUGUACAACAUUGUUGUCGCGAUUGGUGCCUUUGUCGGCGCAACUGAUGCAUCAGACAGCGACAUUCCAUUCUACAAGAAAGCCCGACAAAGUUUGACCAUGGAUGUCCUGGAGAAAGGAUCCCUCAGUUACGUCCAAGGGCUUGUUCUCAUGGCGAACUACCUACAAAAGCGGAAUAAACCGAAUUCAAGCUUCGUCCUGAUCGGUAUCGGCUGGAGUAUGGCCUUGGCAAUCGGUCUUCACCGCGAAUUCUUUUUGCCGUCUUCUAGCCUGUUCACAAUGGAAAUUCGUAGACGAGUAUGGUGGGCCAUUUUUGUAUUUGUUUCUGGGGCUCAACUGACCCUCGGAAGACCGCCCGCAUCAUUAGUCGGAGUCAAUGUCCGGCCUCCUUCCAACCUCGAUGACCAGGACCUCGCCGUUGACAUGGAAAGCCUUCCCAGUCCCAAAGACGGGCCCAGUACAGCCUCUUGUCUUGCGCAACAUGCCAGGCUGGCGCAAAUCGCUAAUAUGGUUCAGAUUGAACUUCUUGCUAAUCAGAUCCCAAGCCAUGACAGGGCCGUCGCACUGGACCGGAGCAUUGCUCAGUGGCACAAAGAUCUCCCCUCUUACUUUGACGAAGGCUUGAUGUACGAAGCGCGGUUCGAAAUCCCGAAGCGGAUCCUCAUCUGGCGAUCAUUCCACCUCCGGAUCAUCCUCAGCAGACCAGUAUUGUUUCGAAAGAUCAAGGAUAAGGAAAGCCUUGAGAUAUCUGUCAAGCCUAUCUCAACGUGUCUUGAUGUAGCAGAAAAGUGCGUCGAGUCUAUUUGUGGCUACGUCGAGAGGGAGCCCAAUCAACCGCGAGGUCUCGCCUGGUAUGCCACCUACUGGUUGAUCACAGCUGCCUUUGUGCAAGCAACUUGUUGCAUCUAUGACCCUGCACAUCCUCUUGCGCCUGCUUGGAAGAGGGACCUGAAGCGGGCUGUGGAUUGUCUAUGGAAUCUCGGCGCUACGAAUAGCAUGGCACUACGUGCCCGCGAUAUCUUGGAGAGGCUGCUGGACCAAAGAGAACUCUUCCUGUCCAUGUUAGAGGCACCGACAUCUUCGACGGCCAGCCAAAAUCCGCAAAGCUCUUCUAUGGCCAUUUGGGAGCUGGUCACACAAGGCCAGACUACAUGCGAGCCCAAUACAGAUGCCCAGGAUCGAAGCACAGUUUUUCUGGGAGAGCGCAGCAUGCCGUUCCCAUUUUAUGCUCAGGGUUCUUCGGACGCUGAAUUGCUAGAUGCUACUGGAGGGAUCAUGUUGCAAGAAAGUUUCGACUCUACGGGCCUGCAUGCGGAUUGGGGGACUUGGAUGCCUGGUUGA